AUGGCUAGGAACAGCAAGCUGUGGUACCUUCAGGAUGACAAUAUGAUGUUUGGACAUUAUCUGCCUCCCACUGAUUUGAGCAAAACAAAUAUUGAAAAGACCUUCUACCAGAAAUAUUCACGAAGCUUAAAAACCAUGAUUCCGAUCCGCUUAAGAGCAAGGUCUUCCAAGAAUCCCGUGGACAGUGCUGGGCUUUUCUCAUUUGCUACCUAUUCUUGGUAUUCCAAUAUAAUGCUCCAAGGAUACCGGCACAAAAUCAAUAUAGCGACUUUGCCUCCUCUCUCCUACUACGAUAGCGCCGAGCCGAAUGCCAAAAGAUUUCGACUCCUUUGGGAAGCUGAGGUUGCCAAAGUCGGACUUGAGAAAGCUUCUUUAGGCAAAGUGUUCUUUCAAUUUCAAAGGACAAGGAUUUUCAUGGACAUAAUUGCUAAUAUUUUUUAUGCCAUUUUUGGUGUUUUGGGGCCAACCCUGAUCUUCCAUAACAUCCUCCAGUACAGUGACAAAGAUUCAAAGGACUUGCUAGAGGGUGUGGGCCUCUGCGUGGCCCUUUUUUUCACUGAAUUUUCAAAAGUUGUGUUGUGGUCAUUGACAUGGGCUAUCAACUAUCGCACGGCUGUCAGGGUAAAACUUGCCGUGACAACUGUUGCUUUUGAGAACCUGCUAGCUUGUAAGUCCUUGAAACACACAUCUUUAGGCAAACUGAUUAAUUUCUUAGCCAGUGAUGGUUUUCGGAUAUUCGAAGCUGCCUUGUUUGGCCCAAUGCCCAUGACUGCGCCCCUUUUGAUCAUUGUUUGCACCAUCUAUUCUUGUGCCCUCCUUGGUCCGACGGCACUCAUAGGAACAUUCAUUUAUGCCGCAUUUAUACCAUUACAGAUGUUGAUGGCCAAAUUAACUUCUGUUUUUCGAAGAAGUUCUGUUGUGAUGACUGACAGACGUGUGCAAAUCACGAAUGAGAUUUUGACGUCCAUUAAGCUAAUCAAAAUGUAUGCCUGGGAAAAAUCUUUUGCAAAAAUUAUCACAGGCAUCCGGGAAACAGAAAAAAAAAUACUGGAAAAGGCAGGAUACGUCCAAAGCGUGAACUCUGCAUUGACGCCAGUCGUUUCCACUCUAACCAUUGUUAUGCUGUUUUGCCUCCAUACCCUGUUAAAGCGUGAAUUAUCAGCUGCUGUUGCCUUCAGUGUGAUUUCAGUAUUUAAUACCAUGAGGUUUUCAAUUGCCAUUUUGCCAUUUUCAGUGAAAUCCACGGCAGAAGCCAGUGUCGCCUUAAAAAGGCUGAAGAAAAUUCUCACUAUGCAAACGCCUUCUGCGUAUGUGACAACCUUGCAGGGUUCCAUAUAUGCGGUGGUGCUGAAAGACGUCACCAUAUCUUGGGAAAGUGCUUCCAGUGAACACCCCACCAAAACUGUUAAAGAAAGACAUCUGACUGGGAAAGGGGUCCACAAAUCCCCUCCCAGGGUAGACCCAGUCAUUUCUGACUCAGAGAUAUUACUUGUUGACAAGGAUAUUGACAUCACCUUUGUCCUGCAGAAUAUAAGUUUUACAGUAGAGAAAGGCAAAGUUUUGGGGAUUUGUGGCAAUGUGGGAAGUGGAAAGACUUCACUCCUCAAAGCAGUGUUAGGACAGAUGUAUCUGUAUCGUGGGAAGGUCAUUGUGAAUGGCACUUUGGCAUACGUGUCACAGCAAGCGUGGAUAUUUCACGGAAGUGUCAGGGAUAAUAUACUGUUUGGAGAAGACUAUGAUGAACAAAGGUAUAAUCAUAUCAUCAACAUUUGCAGUCUCAAGACAGAUAUGGAACGUUUAUCCUAUGGAGAUAUGACCGAAAUAGGAGAAGGGGGUGUGACCCUCUCGGGAGGUCAAAAGCAGAGAAUCACUUUGGCUCGGGCGGUGUAUGCAAACCGAGAUAUUUAUUUAUUGGACGAUCCUUUGUCCGCCGUGGAUGCUCAAGUUGGAAGCUAUAUUUUUGAAGAAUGCAUUAAAAAGGCUCUUAAGGGGAAAACCCUCCUUCUGGUGUCUCAUCAGCUGCAGUAUCUGCAGUUUUGUGAUCAAAUCAUGUUGCUAGAAGAUGGGCAGAUAUCGGAAAGCGGUACCCAUGCACAGCUGAUGAAAGCCAAGGGCCAUUAUGCUCAACUCUUUUAUAAUCAGCGCGCAGAAGACGUCGUUGUGGGUUUCAGUCCUCAGUACUUAUUUUGUGCUGCUGCCUAUUAGCAUCCCAAAGUUAGUUCUCCUGUACUGGUGAAAGCUGGUUCUAGAGAGAGGUCCCCAACCUUUUGGGCACCAGGGACCGGUUCCGUGAUUGCAGACAACCAAUUUCUUUCGUCUUCAGAUGAGUCAAUGAAAAAGAAAGACAUGCAGGAUUACGAUUCAGACAUCUCUUCCGCAGAACUGAAAGACCCCGAUAAAAUCGCUCCCACCCCUCCUUUAUAUUUUAGCGAUCCUCCUGAAGUCCAGCUUGUUCAAAAAGAGGAGAAGACAGAAGGCUCGAUUAGAUGGGAAACCUACCACAUGUAUAUCAAGGCAUCUGGAGGUUUCCUGUUGUGGUUUGUCAUCGUUCUUCUCUUUGUUCUGAUGAUUGCCAGCUCAGUCUUCAGCAGCUGGUGGUUGAGUUUCUGGUUAAACCAAGGAUCUGGGAACACAACGUGUAGCUAUCCUCAAAACACAACCUGUGAUGAGGGCAGCAUCACCAACAAUCCUCAGCUUCACUUCUACCAGCUGGUCUUUGGGAUGAGUGUGGUCUCCAUGAUUGUCCUGAGUUUCAUCAAAGGUUAUGGUUUCACUAAGUUGACCUUACGAGGUGCCUCAGACCUCCACAACACCAUGUUUUACAAGAUCUUGGAGAGUCCAAUGACUUUCUUCGAUACCAAUCCCACCGGCAGAAUCAUGAACCGUUUCUCUAAGGAUAUGGACGAAGUGGAUACGCGGUUGCCGUUUUACCUGGAGAAUUUCCUGCUGCAGUUUUUUGGACUCCUGGCCAUUUUUACUAUUGUCACCAUCAUCUUUCCUUACCUCCUCAUUAGCAUGGUGGUCCUAAUGAUCAUUUUCAUUCUGCUCUUCCAUGUUUUUCAGAACACCAUCCAAGACCUCAAACGAAUUGAGAACAUCAGCAGAUCUCUGUGGUUGUGUUUGAUCACAUCGUCCAUCCAAGGUCUUAGUACGAUCCGUGCCUUCAACAAGACAGAGGACUACAUAAAUCGUUUUAGGAUCUUGAAUGACGAAAACUCAAACCAUUUCAUUAUGUUUAACUAUGCACUACGAUGGUUUGCACUGAGGACAGAUAUUCUCAUGAGCUUCAUGACGUUGAUCGUAGCCCUGUGUGUGGUCCUCACCCAUUCUUCUAUCAGUACUGCAGAAAAAGGCUUGGCGCUAUCUUAUUCUCUCCAGCUGAGUGGGCUUCUUCAAGUAUGUGUGAGAUCGUGUAUCGAAGUACAAGCCAGAUUUACUUCUGUGGAGCAGAUAACAGAAUACAUUUUGAAAUGCACUCCAGAGGGAUCAGAGACUCCUCCAGUGGUCACCCCUCCCCCAGACUGGCCCGAUAAGGGGGAAAUCACUUUUAAGAACUAUCAGAUGAAAUACCGAGAAAAUAGUCCCAUUGUCCUCCAUGACAUCAACAUCCACAUUCAAGCUAAAGAAAAAAUUGGGAUCAUUGGCAGGACCGGUUCAGGAAAGUCUUCUUUAGGGGCUGCUCUGUUUCGACUCGUGGAACCAACAUCUGGCACGAUCGUCAUUGACGGCAUUGACUCCAGCAGCAUUAGUCUGGAAUCCUUACGUUCAAAGCUGUCCAUCAUCCCGCAAGAUCCUGUUCUGUUUGUAGGUACAAUAAGGUACAACUUAGAUCCUUUUCUUAACCACACCGACGAUCAAAUCUGGCAAGUUCUGAACCAAACGUUUAUGAGGAACAAGAUUUCCAAACUACCGGGAAAGCUGGAGGCAGAAGUGGUCGAAAACGGGGAAAAUUUUUCAGUGGGGGAACGACAGCUGCUCUGUCUGGCGAGAGCCCUCCUGCGAAACUCAAAAAUUAUUCUCCUUGACGAAGCCACCGCUUCUAUUGAUUCCGAGACAGAUAUGCAGAUUCAGAGGGCCAACCAAGAAGCAUUUGUAAACUGCACAGUCUUGACAAUAGCGCACCGCCUAAACACCAUUAAAGAGUGCGACCGCAUUUUGGUGCUGGAUAAAGGCAAGGUCGUUAUUUUUGGCAAGCCGAAAGAGAUUUUCAAACAUCCCAAUUUUCAUUUGCCUGUGGCUUAG